AUGAAUGCAGCAGCCUUAAUUGCAGGAAGGCCUGGGAUUGAACGAAGGCUUGGGAUAGAGCUAGCAAGCGAAGGCUUAGGAUUCAACGUGAAGAGGUUGCAGGACUUCACCCAGAUUGUACACGACAGUUCUAACCUGGGAAUGCUGAUAAUGGUGUUUCAAGACCGCAUAGGUGGGCUGAUCAAAUGGAUGGACAGAGAACCUUAUGCAUACUGGAAAGGGAACCCCUUUGUUGCUGAUACAAGGAAAGACUUAACUCAAAAAUGCAAUGUCUCAGAGACACAAGACUGGAAUGCUCACCUAUUCAUCCAGGAUUGGAUUCUUGAAUCUCAACAAGGCUUCAAGCAAUCAAAUGUAGCAGACCAAUGCACACACAUGUACAAGAUCUAUAUUGAGGGUUAUGCAUGGUCUGUGAGCGAGAAGUACAUUCUAGCAUGUGAUUCAGUAACAUUGCUGGUAAAACCGAAGUACUAUGAUUUCUUCACAAGAGGUCUGCAACCAGUGCACCAUUACUGCCCUAGAACGCAUGAAAACAAAUGUAGAUCCAUUAAGUUUGCUGUGGAUUGGGGCAACAACCACAAACAAAAGAUUUUGGAACAGGCAUAA